UAAUUGUCAGGAAUUUAAGGUUGUCGGAGAGGCGUGGAUUAACACGAUGCACAAAGCCUUAAUAUCUGCUCUGAUCCCUCACUCUCUAUCAUUUGCUCUCUCUCUCUCUCUCUCCUCCCCCCAAAGGCUCUGGCUCCUCUGGCCGGUACCUUGUUGUUUCUUCCUUGUGCGGCAGCGGGAUAUGAAGCAUCACCAUGGGUUUCAUGGAAUUCUACCUUGAGAUUGACCCCGUGACCCUGAACCUCAUCAUCUUGGUAGCCAGCUAUGUCAUCCUCCUUCUCGUUUUCCUCAUCUCCUGCAUCCUGUACGACUGUCAGGGGAAGGACCCCACCAAGGAGUACGCCCCCGCGCCCCCUGCGUCACCCAGCCAGUCGCCCAUACGCCUGGUGAUCAUGCAGAACUCUCCUACCUCGUCUCGCUGUGAGCGGCAGAGCAGCCAGAGUCAGACCCAGAACCAUAACAACAUGGCUCCUCCAGAACCCAACAGGAACGACUACGAGCCACCAGCGCUGACGCCCACCCCAGACCUGGGGAGGAAGAAGAGAAGCACCCUGGUCUGACAAGGAGAGGGGAAUGAGGUGGUGGGUCCAUGACUGAAGAGAAGAUAGAUACUAAGUACUGGAAUUAGACAAUGAGGAGGAGAGAGGGAGGAGAGGAGAGAUUUGCAGACUGCACUGGACUGCACUGGACUGGAUGUCAUUCAUUGCUGCUGUUUUGUACUUUCUUUUUGAUAUCGCUGAGGGGAAAGCUAAGAAGGGCAGCAGACCAGUGUGCAGUCAUCACCACUCAGAAACCAGAAGACCUCUGACAUUAUGGAAUCACUCUUCUCUCCAUCGCUACACCGUUGGGCAUGAAUAUGUCAAAGGGCCAGACAACGAUGCCCUGCCACACCUCACUAAGAAGGAACCACCUUGAGAUCAGAAUCUACAGUACACGUAUAAUGAAGGAACUAUGAACUCACAGAGAACUGCAAUACCUAUAAUACCGUUCUCUUCGUCCACUGGAAAACUACAUAUUCCAUGCACCUUUUCUGCUGUAAUUCUUGAAAAAUAAUUAUAGUGUCGAGCUUCUUGGACAAAACAGGGUCUACAUUGUAAUUGAUAUGCUGCACUUGAAUGACAAUGACUGUUUAGGACUAGGUGUACAACUCUUUCAAUGAAUGUCAGGCCUCUUGGCAGCUAGCUACUGUACUAAAUGGAAAUUUAGCUGACACUUUAAUCCAAAACAGAUUACAGUUAAUACAUAUUCAGAAUAUGUGGUCAAUUGUGGGAAUCAAACCGUCAACUCAAACCAAUCAGCCAACGAAACAAUCAACUGACUAACCAACCAUUCAACCGACUAACUAACUAACCAAACAUCAGAACCAUUCAAUGGGCUCGCUCGACAUUGCAGCUGACAGUGCAGGUGACUGCCGACUGACUGAUCUACAAACCACCUUGCAUCACAAACAACUACUCAUUAUAAUUUGUAGAUCAGUCGGACAGUUACAAUUGAUCCAGGAUACAUUAUGGUUUCUCAAAGAUUGUCUAUUAUAUUCACGAUAGUCGAUCGACCGCUCUAACAAUAGAAAUACAUGUCCUCAAAUAUGAAAGGCAUGUGGGAGGAAGCUAGAUAAGGUGGGACCAUUCUGGCCAAUGAGAGGGCAGAUAUGCAUGUGAACAACAGGCCAUAGAGCUAGAUAGAGGACUCAUAUUUGUAUCUGUGGUAUUAUAGCGUCUGUGACAGCAUGGGCAGCACCAUUGAAACUAUGUCCAUUUCAAGGUAGUCCAUUUUCUUAUUCAUCGGCUGAUUGCUCCCAACUCACAGGAAUCCCCACAUUAGUUGACAACUUUAAAAUGGUGGAAGCCCUCAAUGGCAAUAUGCAUUUUAAGACAGGUUAUAUCCAUUAUGAGCCAUCCAUCUGUCUCUAUCACAACAGGCACAACUCCGAAAUAAAGUUGUUGUUUUUUCAAAGUUGUCAAAAUGCCAGUUGCGUCCACUUAUAUCAGUGCAUUUGAGACAAUUGAACCAUUAUGAAACUUCUAUUAGAUCAAAUAAGCCUCAGGUAGAAAAUUAGCAAUUCAAUUCGACACUCUCUCAUUGACCUCCAUACAAAAAUUCCUAAAUUCAUGGGCUUAUUUUUCAUAGACAGCUUCGCCUCUUUCUCUCUGGCCAUUGUCACUACAUGACUAUCCUCCUCUGCUGGGCCACAACAAGCCUCAGUCAUGUCAAGUAAUUUGCUCUGCCAUGAGAUUGCCACGACUUUGAGUCGCAACAGCUUCCAUGUAGUCCAGCUACUUUAUGGAAUCUGGGGGAGUCUUUGAGCCACAAUGGUACAUCCGUUUCCGGUUAGACCAGCUACUUCCUUAAAACUGGUGGGGAGGGAUAUAGAGACUGACAUUGACUGGAGCAGGAUGUGCUAUGACUGUCCUCCGCUCAGCCACAUCAAGACUCAGUCAUGUCAAGUCAUCCACUCUGCCACGACUUUGAAAAGAACCAAGUCAGAGUCCUGCCACCGAGGGACUCAACAUGCUAAAGCCUCUUACGUAAAACUUUUUUUUAUUUGAAAUACUAUGGCUUGCUCAGCUUGGUUCCCAUCGAGACCAACCACUGACAUGACCAAUCACAGCACCCCAUUUGCAAUGUGAAUUGCAGCAAAUUAUACUUCCCACGGGUUUGAGGAAUUAGUCAGACUCAACUCCACAGAGUAUUAUAAAGCGAGGGCUAUGUAUUCCUUCUGAUAUCUGCUCUGCUUUUGUCCUCUCUGCAUGGUUACAAACAUUUACUCUUCUAAACAGACCAAUUUGUUUUGGUCAUAUUCUGGGCUUGACAUCAGUGGUAGUGGUACUAAUAAGGUGUGGAGAUCAGUUAAGUGACUUAGUCUUGUAUGGGAGAUGUGUGUGGCACACAAGAGGGAGGAUUUAAAAUCAAAUGUGACUUGAGCCAAUGUUCAAGUGAACUUGGUAGGUCAUAUUAAUUUGGUAUGAAAUGGAAGCAAACAGGGAGGGACUACCUGGACUUUUUCAAUAAGAAACGGUAUUAGCUACAUGUACACUAAUGAAUAAAACCCAGGUUUUGGGAAGGCGUUAUACAUAUAAUGUAAAUGACUAACUGAUGCUCUCAAAAGACAGAAUAUAAUUUAUCAAAUGUAAUAUUUGUGGUACAUUAUUACUAUAGUGCAUGAAUAUAUAGCACAUUAAAAGUAUCACAAUAGUUUGACUCGUCCAAGACCCUCUAAAUAAUAUUGUAUUAAAAAAAAACGAAGAACUAAACUAGCUCCUGUGUUUGUGUAGGCUACAUAACAGAGAGAAAAAGACAUUCUACUACGUCAGAAUUUCAAAAUGACUAUACCAAACCAGCACGAUACAG